AUAACCAUCAUUUUGGACCUUCAUUUUCCCCAAAACCCUAAUCCCAUUUCCCUAUCUCUUUCUCACUCUUUCUUAACUUGUCUCUGUUACUAAGUUUGGAUAUCCAGAAAUGGCAGCUAAAAGGCUUUCCAAUGAAUUCGGUGCCGACCCGGACGAGCCAGAGGAUAAACGAAUGAGAACCACGCCUACUUUUGCCUCUGUAAUUGGAGAAGUGAUGAAGGGGAACUACUUACAGAAUCUCUGCUCAGUCUUGGAACCUGUCCUUAGAAGAGUGGUUCAUGAAGAAGUGGAGCGUGGUGUGCAACACCGUCUCUUAUCUUUCAGCCGGUCGCCGUCGCUCCGAAUCCAAGGGCCGGAACCCUCCACCCUUCAACUAAUUUUCAGCAACAAACUUUCCCUACCCAUCUUCACCGGAACCAAGAUCACAGACAUAGACAACAACCCUCUCCAAAUCCUCCUAGUAGACACAAGAACCCCCUUAGCUCCGGUAACCCUCCCCAACCCAGUCAAAGUCGACAUCGUUGUCCUUGACGGGGACUUCCCCCUAGGAGACCGUGACGAUUGGAGUAGUGAGGAGUUUGAGAGUAAAAUGGUGAGGGAGAGGACUGGAAAGCGCCCUCUCCUUGCCGGUGAAUUGAUGGUCACGGUGAGGGACGGGGUUGCGUCGGUGGGAGAUAUUGAAUUCACCGAUAAUUCGAGCUGGAUUCGGAGCCGGAAGUUCAGAAUUGGGGCUAAAGUUGCACGAGGGAGCUUUCCGGAUGUGCGCGUCCGCGAAGCCAUGACUGAAGCUUUCGUUGUCAAGGACCACCGUGGGGAAUUGUACAGGAAACAUCAUCCCCCAAAGCUGGAAGAUGAGGUAUGGCGUCUGGAGAAGAUUGGGAAAGAAGGGGCAUUCCACAAGAAGCUGGCCUCUGAGGGAAUUAACACUGUCCAAGACUUCUUGAAAUUAUCAGUUGUCGAUCACACAAAGCUUAGAAAAAUUUUAGGCCCUGGAAUGUCCGAGAAGAUGUGGGAGGUGACUAUCAAACACGCAAGAACAUGCGAUAUAGGAAACAAAUUUUACAUUUUUCGUGGACCAAAUUAUACCAUCAUCUUAAAUCCAAUAUGCCAACUCAUCAGGGCUGUGAUUAAUAAUCACACGUAUUGUUCUCGUGAAAUAACAAAUAUCAAUAAGGCCUAUGUUGAAAAUUUGGUAAGACAAGCGUAUGCAAGUUGGCGUUUCUUGGAAGAGGUGGAAGGGGUUUGGAAUGAGACUGCCUUGCUAACUCAAGGUGAAAUGGUAGAUCAAUAUCCCAAUAACCAACAGUUGGUGGUGAGAUCAUUUCAGCAAAAUGGCAACCCAACUGAAAAAAUCAUGACAGACAAGUACACAACAACCAAUGCAGAUUCAGGAAGAAGUAAUUGGCAAGUGAUUAAUUCAUCAUACUUCAACACACAAAUUGAAAACAGCAUCCAAUGUAGCAUGAAGGAGUCGUCGUCAGACGAUGAUCUAACGUCUCGUAGGACCUUCAUCAAUGGCGGUACUUAAUGGUGGAAUUGUGGAUCAAUGUGUGUUUCUAUUUUCUAGUGUUUGUAAAUACAAGUGUAAGCAGCGAGUAUGCUUAGAUUUGGCUAAGUUGCCCAUAAAAAAGUACUUGUUUGAAGGAUGUAGGAAGUAGUAAGAAUCUAAUCUCUAAGUUAGGAGGAGUAAUACUUCUUGUUUUUCUAGAAAAACAACAGUGGAUGAUAAGAGUAUACCUGCAUAUGUCGUGCCAAAAGAUGUAUUCUCUACUCUGGCAAAACAGAGCGAGUCAGAACUGUGUACUUCUAAUUUGGGCUUUCGUGAAGUCUUUGUCUUAAGACCUUGGAGCAGCCCAACUUCGAUACAGAUUGAGCAGCCCAACUUAAAUCUCGGAUAACAUCCGUACCUACAAUUUACAAGCACUUUUUCAGUAAAACCUAUAUUUAGCC